UCUUGCGCAAAAUGAACAGGUCUACUACAAUAAUGACCGUUGCAAGCGUCGCGGUCGGCGGCGUCCUUGCAUACGCCGUGUACUUCGACUACAAGCGGAGAACCGACGCCAACUUCCGCAAACAACUUCGGAAAGAAAAAAAGCGUGUCAAGCAGAGCCAGAGCCAGACACCGUCUGAAUCUGCUCAGACUGCAACCGAAGGAGUGGACGCAAAUGACUUGCGGAGCGCGUUGGAGAGCGUACGCAACGAAGAAGUACCAGCUGGGCCAGAGGAGAAAGAACAGUAUUUCAUGAAGCAAGUUGGGGUAGGUGAACAACUAUGUGCGAAAGGUCCUAUCUACCACCUUUCUGCUGCGAUGUGUUUCUACCGCGCGUUGCGUGUGUAUCCAUCACCCGUGGAGCUGGUUGUGAUUUACGAGAAGACUGUCCCUCCACCUGUUUUCCAGCUUGUGAUGGAACUUACUAAUUUGGACGUCAAAGACCGAGUUGAAGGAUAUUAUACGUUCUUCCCGCCGAAGGCAAUGAAUGUCGCAGUUGAGACUAUCAAUGUCCCUGACGGCAAGGGCGCAACCAUGUCGAAGAAAGUCCUUGUCGUGACAAAAGAUUUCGAGGCUGGUGAAGUCAUCUACCAGGAAGAUCCAAUCGUGGCCGUUCUCGAUGCCGAUCUUCAAGGGAAAGGCACACACUGUAGCUAUUGCUUGCGCCAGAUCCAAAACGAUCCCAUCCGUCCAGAAUCGGAUCGCCUCCACAGUGUUUAUUGCUCAUCUGAUUGCCAGACCCAGCACAACGCGCAUUCGCAGACUCUGCUCUUCACGCUCGAGUCGCCUUUACCUGCCGCCCUAGCGCCCGAAAUGAAAGGCGCGCAACGUGAUGAGCGGGAAAAUGCCCAAAAAGCGUUCGUCGAGUAUCUCAUACAGACCAAAAGGGCUGCACCAGAGCUUGUGGCACGAUUCGUUGCGCGACAGGUCAGCGCGGAGACUGCUAAGAUGUUACCCCGCGGAAUAUUGCCUGGCGUUGCUUCCGAGCCGGUGCUGACAGAUGGUGGGGAGUACUCGCUGUACGAUCACCUCGAGCGUCUAAGAUAUCUCGAGGUGAAUCCCGCAGAUCACGAGACUCGCGUCUUGAAGGAUGUGUUGCAGACUGCGCUCCCCGGACUUGAACAAUUCCUUACGGAGGAUCGACAUGCAACCUUUAUCGGGAAGAUGUCGUAUAACUCGUAUGGGGUAUACUUCGGUGAAGGAAGGGAGGAUAAGCCUGACACAGCUGCUCGCCCUGAGAACGCCGAGAAAACACGCACCCCCUGCGGUACCUCCAAGCAGAUCGGCACGGGUUUUUACGCAGUGUCAUCCUAUAUCUCGCAUAAUUGCGCACCCUCCGCUAAGCCCGUCUUCCCAACUGGCACUGCACAGCUGCAACUUAUGGCCACUCACACACUUCAAAAAGGCGAUGAGAUCACUGUCGCGUAUGUGGACGUAUUGCAGCACUCUGAGGAGACACCCGAGGUAGCACGCCGGCGUCGUCGCAUGGAGCUCGCGAGGGGAUGGCGGUUUGCGUGCUCUUGCAAGCGGUGUGCUGAGGAAGGAUUGGAAGGUGAGAUUGAGGAAGGAGGAGAUGAGAGCAGGGUGGAGGACGUUGUGACCAGGGUCGAGGGGUCAUAAGGAGAUUUUGGUGCGUAAUGCGGCGACUCGGGGGCUGGUGGAUCAGCAGAUUCAAAAUGGAUUUAUUGGCUCGUUAAUGACUGCAUGCAUGGACCUUUUCAUUAGCAUAUUAUUCCCUACUCUCCACCAUCAUGCGCUAUCAUCGGCGAUAUUGCUAUGUUCUGCGUCUGAUAGGGGAGUGUACCCAUGAGUUUUGUGCGCAUGAAUUAUUACUGGUACAGCAUCUGAUAUUUCAAUGGGUUACUAGAAUACAGGUACAUUCGGAAUUGUUCUGCUCAUCAUAGAUCCAUCUAUAAGCUCAGAAAACGAUUAUUAUUGCUUGUUGUUUGACUUCUGCGAAUCAGCCUUCUUUCGU